ACCGCUAUGCUUGUUGCUUCUAGCCUUUUAAAAAAGCAGAAAAACAUUUUUUAGAUAUAGAAAACAUUCUUAAAACAAAACGCACAGAGGUGCUCAACGCCUCAAAGCUAGUGCACUCUUCCUGCACUCUCUCUCUCUCUCUCCCUAUUGGUAUCACUUUCGCUCUCUUUUUGUUUUCUAGCUUCCAUUUUACACUCAAUAAAAGCUCCCCUUUUCUGAUUGUACCAAGACUCUCAUUCGAUUAGGAGUAGAAAUAGAGAGAGGGGGGAUAGGGAGAAAUGUAUGCAGAAAAUGAGCCAAUCUUCCCAUACUUCCAGAGCUUUUCUCAAGAUGUUCAGCAGCUUGAAGAUUUCUGUUGCUCACAGAAACCCAUUGCUUCAAUGGUGUCUACAAUAUCGGAUUACGACCUUGGCGGAGAAAUAGACCUCUUUAAUGCUCCAGAGACACUUAUUCAAGAACCAUUGUUUGACCUCGAUCCAAUGACAGCUGCCAUUUCAAUGAUUUCUUGCACAGAUGAUGUCAUGUCCCAUGAACUUAAAUUGUUAGAUAUUGAAUCAUCAUUUGAUAGCGAACCAUUCUUCAAUGAUGCUUUCUAUGGAUGCAAGGAAGUUCUUUUGGAAAAGGAGUCUACAGAUACUCCAUUCUCUGAGGUUUCAGAUGUUGGCAUUCACAUUUCCGCUAAUACAACAACAUCCAAGCCUUACUCCAACAACAUUUCCGCUAAUAAUGACGAAAUAUUGACGGGUGAGGAAAGGUUGACUUCCAAGGACCUGUUUCAGAAAAGCGGUAGUUCAGAGUCUUUAUGUUCCAUGGAGUGGAUACAAUGUGGGGGGCCAAUGAAGCCGAAAUUUCUCAAUUUUCCUGGAUUGGACUUUAAUGCUGUGUAUGGUAUGAGAAGGUCCUUCAGUGAAGGAGACAUAAAGACACUGGGUAAUAGCCUCAUCCACUCUCCACUGGGAGGUCAACAACAUCAGAUUAUCACUACCUCCAUUUCUGAAGCUCGAAAAGAAAAGCUCUCUAGAUACAGGAGCAAGAGGAACAAGAGGAAUUUUGGCAGAAAAAUCAAGUAUGCUUGCCGGAAAGCAUUGGCUGACAGUCAACCGAGAAUCCGCGGAAGAUUUGCAAAAACCGAAGAAACGACUGAUGGAUCCAAGAAGCAGUGACUGCCCUAUCUAUCCUCUCUACAGAGGCGACGUGAGUGGGCCGAACUUGUCCUUGUGGAUGGGCCAGGUCUAGGAAAGUCCCCGGGCCCUAUGCUGUAGAGAUACAGGCUCGGAAACGAGUGCUCACCUGGAAGAAGUCUUAUCCUAUAUAUUUGGGAGGUGCUGAGACGUGUGUGGAGCACUAUGGGCUUCAGCCGGUGUUGCUUUGGCUGAAUAAACAGUUAUUCACGUGGUUCUUCAUGGAACUAACAGAACGGGGCUUACGAUCCUGCGGUCCAUCUUUUUUACUCUUCCUCACUAAAUUAAAAUAAUUACGGUCAAUGUCAUCUUUUUUAAAAAAUUACUCUUUAACAUAUUCAUAUAACUCAAUGAACAUACUCAUUAUUUU